AACCGGUGCCUGAUGGAGUUGGCGCGGGGUAAACUGGGAAAGUGGUGUCGUGUGCUGGCUCCGCCCUCUUCCCCGAGGGUGGGGGAGCACCGUAUAUAAGUGCCGUAGCCGCCUUGAACGUUCUUUUUCGCAACCGGUUUGCCGCCAGAACACAGUUCAGGUGUCGUGAAAACCACCGCUUAACCUAAACCAAAAUGGGAAAGGAAAAGACUCACAUCAACAUCGUCGUCAUUGGACACGUAGAUUCGGGCAAGUCUACCACUACUGGUCAUCUGAUCUACAAAUGUGGUGGGAUCGACAAAAGAACUAUUGAGAAAUUCGAGAAGGAGGCUGCUGAGAUGGGAAAGGGCUCCUUCAAGUAUGCCUGGGUCUUGGAUAAACUAAAAGCUGAACGUGAACGUGGUAUCACCAUUGAUAUCUCCCUGUGGAAAUUCGAGACCAGCAAGUAUUACGUGACCAUUAUCGAUGCCCCAGGACACAGAGACUUCAUCAAAAACAUGAUUACAGGAACAUCUCAGGCUGACUGUGCUGUCCUGAUUGUUGCUGCUGGUGUUGGUGAAUUUGAAGCAGGUAUCUCCAAGAAUGGGCAGACCCGUGAGCAUGCCCUUUUGGCUUACACACUGGGUGUAAAACAGCUGAUUGUUGGUGUUAACAAAAUGGAUUCCACUGAGCCACCCUACAGCCAGAAGAGAUACGAGGAAAUUGUUAAGGAAGUCAGCACCUACAUUAAGAAAAUUGGCUACAACCCCGACACAGUAGCAUUUGUGCCAAUUUCUGGUUGGAAUGGUGACAACAUGCUGGAGCCAAGUGCUAACAUGCCUUGGUUCAAGGGAUGGAAAGUCACCCGUAAAGAUGGGAACGCCAGUGGAACCACACUGCUUGAAGCUCUGGAUUGCAUUCUGCCACCAACUCGUCCUACUGACAAGCCCUUGCGUCUGCCUCUCCAGGAUGUCUACAAAAUUGGUGGUAUUGGUACUGUCCCUGUGGGCCGAGUGGAGACUGGUGUUCUGAAACCUGGCAUGGUGGUCACCUUUGCUCCAGUCAAUGUUACAACUGAAGUAAAGUCUGUUGAAAUGCACCAUGAAGCGUUGAGUGAGGCUCUUCCUGGGGACAAUGUGGGCUUCAAUGUCAAGAACGUAUCUGUCAAAGAUGUUCGUCGUGGCAAUGUGGCUGGUGACAGCAAAAAUGACCCACCAAUGGAGGCAGCUGGUUUCACGGCUCAGGUGAUUAUCCUGAACCAUCCAGGCCAAAUCAGUGCUGGAUAUGCACCUGUGCUGGAUUGUCACACAGCUCACAUUGCUUGCAAGUUCGCUGAGCUGAAGGAGAAGAUAGAUCGUCGUUCUGGGAAAAAGCUGGAAGAUGGUCCCAAGUUCUUGAAAUCUGGUGAUGCUGCCAUUGUUGAUAUGGUUCCUGGCAAGCCUAUGUGUGUUGAGAGCUUCUCUGACUAUCCUCCUCUGGGCCGUUUUGCAGUUCGUGACAUGAGACAGACGGUUGCUGUGGGUGUCAUCAAAGCGGUGGACAAGAAGGCAGCUGGAGCUGGCAAGGUCACCAAGUCUGCCCAGAAAGCUCAGAAGGCUAAAUGAAUAUUAUCCCCAAUACCUGCCACCCCAGUCUUAAUCAGUGGUGGAAGAACGGUCUCAGAACUGUUUGUGUCAAUUGGCCAUUUAAGUUUAAUAGUAAAAGACUGGUUAAUGAUAACAAUGCAUCGUAAAACCUUCAGAAGGAAAGGAGAAUGUUUUGUGGACCAUUUGUUUUUUUGUGUGUGUGUGGCAGUUUUAAGUUAUUAGUUUUUAAAAUCAGUACUUUUUAAUGGAAACAACUUGACCAAAAAUCUGUCACAGAAUUUUGAGACCCAUUAAAAAACAAGUUUAAUGAGAAACCUGUGUCUUCUUUUGGUCAACACUGUAACCCUGUAUUAGUACUAUACAGGUAAAAGUAUGAGUUGCACAGACUGAAUUUCUAAUGUUAAAAUACUUGGAAACUAAAGUCUGGGUUAACAAUUCCUGGUUGGGAACUUGAAUUUUUCAUCUUGUCUAAGGAAAGAAACUGUUAAAAGUACAUAGGAAAAAGAUGGGGAAAAAAGGUCUAUUGGUGCAACACAUUUUAGAUAAACCGAGUAACACCACAAGGUAGUUUAUAAAACAGGUUAAAUUCUGUAAUACCAAAGUCAAUGUGUUGCAUAUAAAACAUAUCACUAUUGAGUAAAAUUGUUGAUACAUUGUCACUUUUAGUUUCCCAGGUAUUGGAAUGCUUUGUCACAUUUACAAAUCUUGAAGUAGUUUAAAGUACCCUAAAACAUGUCAAUCCCGUUAUUUUACUUAAUGGUUGACUUAAUUGUAUCUAAAUUGUAGGAGAAGAAAGUUUACUGGAAGUUUAAUGUCACUAAGAACUAGAAAUCCACUUCCAGUAGGAUUUUCAUAUUUAAAGAGCGAGGCUGGGUGAGGAGGGAAGGUUGCGCACUAGUGAUUUAACCCAAGGUUUGAAGAGGUGCAAUGGCAAAUACCUAAUGGGAGGACCCAUUUUGGACUGGAGUGUAGGGUGCUUUGCUUUUAGUUUGAAAACGUUAAGUCAUUUCAAAUAUGAGAAUCUUGAAAGAUGACUUAGAAGAUUUGAUGAGCAGGAUGAAAAGCAAAAAGCUCUUUAAAAAUUAGUGUAAUUUUAUAACUUAAAAGCAUACUGAUUGGUAAAUUUAACAGUUUGGGUGACAAGCAUCUAAUCCUUCAGAUAGCUAGCUGGCAAAUCUCAGAACAGUUUAAGACAACUGAAUCUUGACUAUUUGAGCAUUGAUUCCCUGAAUAGGCGCUUUUUGCUUAUGAAAAGGAAGUUUAUCAGACAGCUUCGAAGUAUGGCAAAAAGCACACAGGACACCUGGUUUAAUGCAAGCAAUGCUAAGUGAAAUGUAUCCUGUAAUUUAGUGGCCACAGGUGAGAAAUUACUGUAGUUGAAAAAAUUGUUUCAGUUCUAAGUCUUAACGGUACUACCAGGGGCACUGAUGAGGCCUGUAAAUUAGAAACUAAUAAAAGAUUUUGUCCACAA